AUGGUUUUUUUGGUUCUGCCAUUUGUAAGGCCGCUGUCUCCAAGGGCAUUGAAGUUACAAGCGUCAGGGCGUCCUGGUUAUGAGGGUUCAUGGGUUGAUCAAGUUAAUUGGAUAUCAGGAGAUGUUUUCUAUGCUAAUUGGGAUGAAGUGCUUGUUGGGGCUACUGCAGUUGUUUCAACCCUUGGAGGUUUUGGGAGUGAGGAACAGAUGCUAAGGAUUAAAGGGAAGGCUAAUGCUGUAGCUGUUGGUGCUGCACAGGAGUAUGGAAUUCCCAAGUUUAUCUUGAUCUCUGUGCAUGAUUACCAUUUGCCACCUUUUUUACUUUCAUCAGGAUAUUUCACAGGAAAGAGGAAAGCAGACUCAGAGGCCCUUUCCAAAUAUCCACACACUGGUGACUUGGAAUAUCCCUUUUCUCAGUUUCUGGUUUUUUUCAGAAGCUUUAAGGUUCAAUUCAUGCAUAUAUGGGCAAUAGGCCUUUUAUUUGUCAAAUUUAAUUUCUGGUCUCUAUCUAAAAGCAAGACUAAGUAAAAUUAUUGUGGCA